AUGUAUUUCCUCCUCGUUAUCGUGGUUUCUUGCCUGCUGGCUGAGUCGAAGACUGCGCUCGCUGCACCAGACAUCAGAGGACGUGACCUGGGGGCAGCUGGCGCCAGAGACAGAGCAUUUCAUGAAUCCGCCCGGCACGAAAGUUUUGCGAGACACGCCUCGAGGCUCCUGCCUCGACAGACGGCCCCUCUUCCUGUAACGACAGUUGCCGAGUGCGACACAUACGACGGUUUCUUUUAUAUCACCCCUGGGAAUUACACCUGGCAGCUGCAAUGCACGACGAACUACGAUGGAAGCAUCAUUUCUCAGAGCGAUGCUGCCAGUUUGGCCGCCUGCAUCGACGCCUGCGUCCAGUACAAUGCUGCCACAACGUCAGGGGCCUGCCUGGGCGUCAACUUCAACGCCGCGAACCACGCAGCUGCAGGACUGUGCACGCAGUAUUCGGAUGUACAAGAUCUGCUCCUCGCGAGUGAGGAAGGAAAUGUACAGGACUCUGCGCUGUUGAUACUUGGUCCGAACGGACAGAUUUUUGCAACACCGCAGCCGGAGCCGACUUUCUCUGGAGCGCCCAGUCAGCCACCAUCUGUGGACCCGGUCCCGACAUUGACCACAAGCACGUUAGAUGUCACCUCGAUAGCACAGCCUUCAGUCACUACAACACAGUCGACGAGCAGUGGAGCCGAAGGGCCCACUACGACCACCACGACAAUAGUUACCAGCACCAUGCUCGUCGUUUCCUGCCCGGUUGGUGCUUCUGCAUGUCUCUCCUCUACUUCAACGUCCUCAGCAUCGACGAUGAGUGUGGGACCUUCGCUUGGAAGCAGUACCACGAGCAUGGGUAGCGGCACAUCAUCCUCGGCCACCCUUCCCAACGAAUCAACCACGACCCAAGCGCCGCUCACGACGAGUCCAGCGUCGAGUACCUCGGCGAGAGCUCGGACGACCACGAGACCAGGAGGAGUCAUCGUUGACGCUAUAACUACAGUGACCAUGGUGAUGCCUGUCACAGAGUACCGAGUACAGAUUGUGGAGAUUUGUGCGGCCACACCAAGUUCAUGUUCUCAAUCGACCGUUACAUCUACUAGUGUCGGUUACAGGACAGAAGUAUCGUGCACACCGAGCGAAUGUUCCGAUAUAGCGACUGGCGUGACGGCUAAUGCUGUAUUUACUGGGACAUGCGUCAUUCCUUAG